ACUACGAGAUCAUGUGGGUGGACUUCGAGAUUGACAAUUUCAUCACAUUGCGGUCAUCGCAGUCCGUCCGCUGGCAGAUCGAGUAUCCAUCCACUGGAGCGUCAGCUGAGGUCAUCUCCACCAUCUACAUCAGCCAGCGAGACAUCCAGGGCAUCGUGCCCAUCGCUGAGGACACAGAGAUUCUGAACACUGCUAUUCUGACCGGACGGCGUGUUUCCAUGCCGGUGAAGGUUGUGACGGUGGAGCAGGAUGGGACAGUCAGAGAGGUGGACGACCCCAUCACCUGCAUCUCCACCGAUGAGGACGUCCUGAAGGUCUCGCUCAGCUGUGAUGAGGUGUUGGUGAAUGGGAAUGAGAAGAGGGGGCGUGUCUCUCUUCAAGUGAACUUUACCUACCUCUAUUUGACCAGCCAAUUAGAGCUCACCGUCUGGGUGCCACGGUUACCGCUCCAAAUUGACGUCUCUGAUGUGGAACUCAACCAAGUCAAAGGAUGGCGGGUACCCAUCAUCACUAACAAGAGACCAACGCGGGACAGUGAGGAUGAUGAAGAGGAUGAGAGGAAGGGCAAAGGCUGUGCCCUGCAGUAUCAGUACGCUCUGGUGCGUGUUCUCACACACUUCGUAGCCGAGCCAGCAGACCCUGGCGGAGAGUAUGUGCACAUGCUUGGGUCUGAUUGGUCAGCCGACAUCACAGACAUGGUACUGGACUUCCUGAAAGUGGAAAAUACACGCAUUGCCCGACUGAUUGAUGGAAGGAUUCUGGCGGGAAGAUCCCCGGGCAACACCAAUAUACAGGUGAUCUUCCCUUUGUUUUACUCCAUUCUGGCUGAGAGGGCCAUCACAGUGCUGGAUGAUAAAGUGAGCAUCACUGAUCUGGGAGUUCAGCUGGUGGGCUCUUUGAGUCUCUCACUGCAGCCCAGUUCCAUCAACAGCAGAUCCUUCUACAUCACGACCACUGCUCAGGACCUGUUGCACACACCCAAACAGGAAGCCAUCAUCAGUGCGUGGAUACAGUACAGUGAUGGCUUUGUGACACCUCUCGACAUCUAUGACCCCAAAGACUUUACUCUUACCAUCACCUCUCUGGAUGAGACUGUGGUCUCCACCUAUCAUGACCCUUCCCAGCGCUGGCCUGUGGUAGUGGCAGAGGGUGAGGGCCAGGGGGCACUGCUGCGCGUAGAGAUGAUGAUCUCGGAGACCUGCCAGAAAUCUAAGAGGAAAAGCAUUUUGGCAAUGGGCGUAGGAAGCGUACAAGUGAAGUUUGGACAGAACGACCUGGAGCAGAGGAGUGGAACUCGAGAGGAAAACAGUCUGGACAACAGCACAAAUGAACAGAGACACAAAGUUCUAGAGUCGGAUAAAACAGGAGAUAGCUGGAAAUACACAAACACUGCAGUAGAACGAGAAGAGUCGAUCCUUAAGAAAAUCAGCACGACUGCAAAGACUACGCUAAAUAGUCGUUCUGGAGGCAACAAACAAGGUGGUGGACAAAACAACAAUCCUGGGGACUAUACCAGUUUCCCAGUGCAGGUGGACCUACCUGGCGGGGCAGAGAGUGACUUGACCCAAGCUCCAAGAGGUCUGUCAGACCUAGAAAUUGGUAUGUAUGCCCUGCUCGGAGUCUUUUGCCUUGCUAUUCUUGUCUUCCUCAUCAACUGUGUCAGCUUUGCUUUCCGCUACCGCCACAAACAACUACCAGUUCUGGAGCAGGGUAACAUGAAUCAUGCCCACGACUGGGUGUGGCUCGGCAAUGAAGCGGACCUGAUGGAUCAUCAUGGCGAGCACGGGCCGCUAGCACACAGUGAAGAGUGCACGACUGCGAUAGAUCGCAAUGAGGGCUGCGAGGAGAGCAAGUAUCUCCUCAACGGGAGUGGCAUUCAGAAAAGUGGUUCUUCGCAUGGACGUGGCAUCCCCCAUGUGCACUCAGAUCCACGUUCCUGUUCAGGGAAUGACCCUACUGGCAAAGUCGAACCUCUUAACAAUUCCCCCAGCGCUGCCAAACGCAAAAGAGUCAAGUUUACUUCCUUUGCCACAGUAUUACCAGACGAAGGUGGGCCGUACACCAACUCAAUCCUUAUUGGCAAUGAAGAUGACAUCAAGUGGGUCUGUCAAGACAUGGACCUGGGACAUUCAGCCGAGCUCAGAAGCUACAUGGAGAGACUGCAAGACAAUCUGUAGGAGCUGAGAGGGAAACGAAAGAAAGGGAAAGCAAGAGGGCGGACACACAAAAACUCACCAGAAAUGCCUUUGCACUGUGGGGGGAAUGCAGGGAGAGUGGGAGGGAGGAAUUAUUAAAGUAUUGAAAGUCGAUGCAAGGAGUCGGAAGGAAUAAAAUCCAUCAGGAGUCUAGAGUCAAGUAGGAAAUUCACAGAAAGGGGAAACGGGUGAAGAGAGCCUGGCACGUUCAUACUGGCUCUGACGAGCAGUCCAGGUGGCACAGAGAGAGCAGCUGCCAAUUGACUAGCGCAGGGACAGAACGCCAGUUACCGACACCCUGAAUACACAAGCCCAAACAAGACCAGUGAGAUAGAGAAAGUAAGGAAACAAACUUGACAGCUGUACAGAAAAUCAACCAACAGGGGUUGUUAUCUCUAAUGUAAUUUAUUUUGACUGAAAUCAUACAAGUUGGAGUUAUGGACAGACUCAACAGAUCUUAUUUUGUUUUAGAUAAUACCAGGCUUUUUCCAGAUUAGUAUGUAACUAGACCAAAACAAGCCCUCAAAGCGCCCAGACUGCCCCAGAACCAGGUGCGUGUUUGUUUUUUACCUCUUAUUUUGUACCGUCUGUCCCUCCUGCGUGAAUUUCAAGAGAGCUAGGGUAGGCGGACAUGUGGGAUUCCCCCUGGCUGGAAUUGUACCAGCUGUAUCUGCACACACACUGUUCAAGGAGACGAUGAAAAACACCAAAACGCAACAGUCCUCCCUCUCCAUCUCUCCUUUUGGAAAUAAACCCACAAGACAUCCAUGAUGAAAAGCAACAUGAGAAUAUAAAGACUCCUCGUGCACUGUCCAUUUGAUCAAGUGAAUGUGGAACAAAGGACUGAGGACUUCUUUGGAGCCCCACUGGGAGGUUGUUAGUUUGCACAAUAAGAAUAAUACAGUAAGUGCAUAUACUAAGCGGCCUUCAGCUAAUCUGAGACUGGCCGUAUGACUGUCUAAACAGCAACUUAUCCAGAAGAUGCGAUGAUGAACAUGGGACGGACAGUGUAGACAUACAAGGCCACAAAAAUGAGUUGUGUUUGUUAUAAAAACCAUAUGAUUGCUGUAAUAGGAAAAUAUACAGAGUAGAUAUGGUCUAUUACUCUCCAGUAUGGUAAAUGUAUGAAUGUUUCUCUUUUUAAUCGAGGCGAAAUGUACAUCAUUUGCCCCCUUUUUAUGAGAGAGGAGCACCUCCCCAUGGUUUUUACUUGUCCUAGCAACUUUCUAUUUCUGCCUCACUAACCCCAGAGUUUACCCAGCUCCUUCAAUCUUUGUUGUUUAUAUUACUGAAGAGUUGUGGGGAAGGACAGAUGUGGAAAAAAACCUUCUCUUUGAAAGCUCAGGUGAAAAUACGCUCACAGAUAAACAGUGGUAGAAUUGAAAUGUAGAUUGUAAGAAUGCAAUAUUUAUUUGUAAGUGUAAUAUGAGAUAGGAUGUAAAUAAAAAUGAUUCAAAAUUUCUUGUGGACACUGCAAGAAGGCUGUUGCCUACAUUUUCACAAUCGACACAGUUGUGUCACGGGGCCAUUUAAGUGUUUCAUAUUCUAUGUUCAAGUCUGAUUUCCACUUAAGGAAUAAAAAUUAUAGGGUUUAAAAUGUUCAGACAUGGCGUGGGUUCUGUCAAGACAUCAGAUUCAAAUGCUUUUACUUGAUAUAAUAUUUCUAAUUUGAUUUAUUUAGAGCUACAGCAGAUGUAGGGGAGAGCAUG